UUUGCUCUUCUUCUCCCUUUACAUGUUUUUAUAAAUAAACUUCUUUUUUUGGCAUGGCCAAGUCAAUAAUAAAAAAAACUAAUUUGAGCUUACAGUCGUAAAUUUCGCUUUUCCGUUGGAGUUCAAUCAAAUGGCUAAUAAUAAAGGCAAGGCCGAAGGGAACGAUUCGGGCGAUAAUGAUGGGACUAAGAACGACGAGCCUCUCUGCAACCGAGUAAUUGCUAUUCUCAAAGAAGGAGGCGACUUAGACAGCUUAAGCUUGAAAGAGCACAAAGCUUAUUUGAGGAACCAUGGCCUCCGUAUCACAGGCACUAAGGCAGUGUGUCAACAGAGAAUUCUUGAGCAUUGGGAGAGCGACCAAUCUGUCUGCAAUCGAAUUAUCGCCAUUGUCAAAGAAGGAGGAGACUUAGAAAGCUUAAGCUUGAAAAAACUCAAAGCUUAUUUGAGAAACCAUGGCCUCCGUAUCACAGGCACCAAGGCAGUGUGCAUACAGAGAAUUCUUGAGCAUUGGAGUAGAGAUGAAACUGAGGAAGAAGGGAAAGAGGAAGACAUAGGGAACAAUUUGGACAAUAAUGGUGGGACUGAGAACGAUGAAUCACUCUGCAAUCAAGUCAUCGCUAUGCUCAAAGAAGGAGGUGACUUGGAAAGCAUGAGCUUGAAAGAAAACAAAGCUUAUUUGAGAAACCAUGGCCUCCGUAUCACAGGCACUAAGGCAGUGUGUCAACAGAGAAUUCUUGAGCAUUGGAGUGGAAUUAAAAAUGAGGAAGAAGAGAAAGAGGAAGGGAACAGUUCAGACAAUAAUGAUCGGACUGAAAACGAUGACUCUCUCUGCAAUCGAGUCAUCACCAUUCUCAAAGAAGGAGUUGACUUAGAAAGCUUAAGCUUGAAAGAACUCAAGGCUUAUUUGAGAAAUCAUGGCCUCCGUAUCGCAGGCACUAAGGCAGUGUGUCAACAAAGGAUUCUUGAGCAUUGGAGUGGAGAUGAAACUGAGGAAGAAGAGAAAGAGGAAGGGAAUAAUGAUCGGACCAAGAACGACGAAUCUCUCUGCACUCGAGUCGUUACUAUUCUCAAAGAAGGAGGUGACUUAGAAAGCUUAAGCAUGAAAGAACUCAAAGCUUAUUUGAGAAAUCAUGGCCUUCGUAUCACUGGCAGUAAGGCACUGUGUCAACAGAGAAUUCUUGAGCAUUGGGGUGGAAAUGAAACCAGGGAGGAAGAGGAAGACGAAGGGAACGAUUUGAACUAUAAUGACCAGACUGAGAACGAUAAUUCUCUCUGCAAUCAAGUCAUUGCAAUUCUCAAUGAAGGGGGUGCCUUCGAAAGCUUAAGCUUGAAAGAACUCAAAGCUUAUUUGAGAAACCUUGGCCUCCUUAUCACAGGCACUAAGGCAGUGUGUCAACAAAGAAUUCUUGAGCAUUGGAGAAUAAAAGAUGGGAAUGCUGAAGCCUUAUAUCCCAAGUCAUCCUUUUUAAUAGACUGUUCUGGUGAUGUUUGUAAAGGAGAUGUUGUUUUGUUUACUCAGAAGUUUUAUAAGAAGUCCGAUAAUAUGACUAGGCGGCAUGUGAGACUUCUGGAGAAGAGAACUAUUGCAGGAAGGGUUGUUAAGGAAAGCUAUGGCAAAGCUAAACAACAACAUACAUUUACGGUUGAAGUAUUAUGGAGUAAGGGGACUAAGAAAUUUCCCCCAUUAUUUCCUUUGCUCGUAAAGGGUCGUAACCUUUAUAAAUCAAGAACUUACAGACAGCGUUGGUGUGAUGAGGCUGAAAGAAGAAAUGUACUUUCUGAGAAGCACAAACGAGGCAAUGCUGCAAGACUGGUAAAAGAAAUAGAAAGAAUAAGGGUCCUAAAGGGUCGUAACCUUUAUAAAUCGAGAACUUACAGACGGCGUUGGUGCGAUGAGGCUGAAAGAAGAAAUGUAUGUCCUGGGAAGCGCAAACGAGAGGCUGAAAGAAGAAAUGUACGUCCUGAGAAGCGCAAACUACACACUGCAAGACUGGUAAAAGCAAUAGAAAGAAUAAGGAAGUGGUCUGCUGAUGUUGGUACAAAACACCCAAGGGAUUCACAUCAAUCAAGACCAUUGAAAAACAGAGAAGCAACUGAAACUGAGAGGGGAAAGAUUGAUAUGACACACACAAAAGCAUUUACUCCAAGGUUAUGGUAUACACGUAAUAUUUACCAAGUGUCUUCUCCAGUUGGACAACUGAAAAAGAAGCAAAAGUCGAGGUUAAUAGCGGGACCAGCAGUGCCUAUUUGUAAUCAUUGUGGUAAGAGGCAUUCAGGAGCAUGUAGGAGGCUUUUAGGAGCCUGUUUCAGGUGUGGUUCCAAAGACCAUUUCCUUAUAAGCUGUCCUGGGAAGCUGAGUGCUACCUCUGUACCAUCUAAGAGGCUGAGUGAUACCCCUGUGCCGUCUGAGAGGCCUACUUCAAAUACUAAGCAAUAUGGUGGUAUUGGUAUGGGGGCUACCCGUGUACUGUCUGUGAGGCCUAUUCAAACAACUCAGCAAGAUGGUACUAGUGCUACCUCUGUACUGUCUGAGAGGCCCAGUGCUACAUAUGUACCAUCUGAGAGGCCUACUCCAACAACGCAAGAUGGUGAUUUUGGUACAAAACACCAAAAGCAUUCACAUCAAUCAAGACGAUCAAAAAAGAGAAAAGCAAGUGAACUUGAGAAGGGAAAGAUUGAUAAGGCACAAGGAAAAGCCUCUAUUCCAAGGGAUUGGAAUACAGCUAAUGCUUAUCAAGUGUCUUCUCUCGUUGGACAAGUGAAAAAGAAGCAAAAGUCAAGGUUAAGAGUCUCUAGUACUGGAGGGUUAGUAGGGGGGCCAUCAGUGUCUAAGUGUAAUCAUUGUGGUAAGAGGCAUUCAGGACAAUGUCGGAGGAUGUUAGGAGCAUGUUUCAACUGUGGUUCUAAAGAUCAUUUCUUUAGAUUUUGUCCUGGGAGGAUUAGUGAGACCUCUGUACUCUCUGAGAGUCUUACUCUUACUAAGAGAGGUAUUAGUCCUGGUAACAGUGGUAAUACAGGGGGAAAGCAGAGAGUUGCGAAGGAAGAAAAACAUGUUCAUUCCACUGAUGAUAUAGGUUUCAUUCAUCAAUCCAAUGCUGAUCGUGCCCUAUAUUCUUAUCAACCUCAACAAAACUUUCAUCACCAGAGUGCAUCUCACCAGUUUGCCGGCAAUGAUAUUGGAUCCACUUCAACAAUGGUAAGAUCAUUGUCUUACAGACCUUAUAUGGAUCCACGGGCAGUACCUGCUUCAACAAAACCUGUUCAGUCCACUGAUGAUAUAGGUGUCAUUCAUCAUUCCAAUGCCAAUCUCGUACUAAAAUCUUAUCAACCUCAACAAAACUUUCAUCACCCGAAUGCACCUCAACAGUAUGCCAGCAAUGAUAUUGGAUCCACGUCAACAAUGGUAAGAUCAUUGCCUUGCAGACCUUAUAUGGAUCCUCGGACAGUACCUACUUCAACAAAAUCUGUUCAUUCCACUGAUGAUUUAGGUGUCCAUCAUCAUUCCAAUGCCAAUCCCGUCCUAAAUUCUUAUCAACCGAAUUUUCAUCGCCAAAGUGCACAUCAGCAGUUAGCCGGCAAUGAUAUUGGAUCCACUUCAACAAUGGUAAGAUCAUUGCCUUACAGACCUUAUAUGGAUCUACGGACAAUACCUACAACAAAACGUGUUCAUUCCACUCAUGAUUUAGGUGUAAUUCGUCAUUCCAAUGCCGAUCCCGUCCUAAAUUAUUAUCAACCUCAACAAAAGUUUCAUCACCAGAGUGUACUUCAGCAGUUAGACGGCAAUGAUAUUGGAUCCUCUUCAACAAUGGUAAGAUCAUUGCCUUACAGACCUUAUAUGGAUCCACGGACAAUACCUUCUUCACAGAAUCAUGGGUUCAACAAUCACAAUUACACCCACCAUCACAACUCAAAUCCUGGCUUUUGCAAUAGAUGAGAGAAUUUGACCCAUUCUCCCUAUGUGAUGAAGUUGACAGGCUCUUGUAAAAUCACCUUCUGCAGUAAAGGCAUAUUAAUGGAUAGAAAAAAGAAAACAUUUUCACUCUGUUUCCAUUAGGAUGUGACAAGGCGGGAUUAAGAGCCGCAAGUUAUCUUCUCAGCAUGGAAACCAUAUAAUUUAGAAAACCAAACUUCUGCACU